AUGGAUCUUGAUUCGGCUGAACGGAGAUCCAUAUCAAGUGAUUCUCGAGAACAAUCAAGUCGAAAGUCAUCAUUUAAGGAAGGGAGAUUAUCGACCUCAAGCAGGCUAAGCAGGAAUUCUAGCAAGGCAACUUCUGGCAGAAGAAGACGUUUGCCCGGUGAGGUACCACAGUUGGAACGGCAAGUCUCAAGCGCAGCUAGAGGCCUUAAUGGAUUGCGGUUUCUUGAUCGGGUCAUGACCGGAAAAGAAGGGGAUGCGUGGAUGGCUAUCGAUAAGCGAUUUCAGCGAUUCUCAACCAAUGGGAAGCUACCUAGAGAAAAAUUUGGGAUCUGCGUUGGAAUGGGAGAAGGGAACGAGUUCUCUGGGGAAUUGUUUGAUGCACUUGCGAGACGGAAGGGGAUCGAUACAUCUGAAGGGAUCACGAAAGAAGAAGUGAAAGAAUUCUGGAUGGAAUUGACGAAAGAGGACCUUCAUACUCGCGUUCAGAUUUUCUUUGAUAUGUGUGACAAGAAUGGGGAUGGUUUGCUAACAGAGGAGGAUGUAAAAGAGGUCCUAAUAAUGAGUGCAUCGGCCAACAAGCUUUCAACUUUCAAGAACCACGCCGGAACAUAUGCAGCUUUAAUCAUGGAACAACUCGACCCUGAUCACUACGGCUACAUAGAGAUGUGGCAACUUGAGACGUUGCUAAAAGGCACAGCUAAGGAUACAAGCAACUUGAGCUCUGAUGACGCAGCCGAUCUAGAAAAAACCAUGAUCCCAGAACAGUAUCGGAACCCAGUAAGGAAAUACUGUACGAGAAUCUUUGAAUCGACACUUGACAAUUGGAAAAUAGUCUGGAUAUUGUUUCUAUUUUGGGAAAUUAACAUGGCGCUGUUCCUAUGGAAGUUCCACCAAUAUACUUUCAUGCCUUCGUACCAAGUCCUGGGCUACUGCAGCUGCACAGCCAAGGCCGCGGGCGAAACUUUGAAGUUCAAUAUGGCGCUCAUUCUCCUUCCUGUCUGCCGAAGAACACUUACAGCCCUUCGUGAAACUUUUAUCGGCAGGUUAUUACCCGUGGAUGAGAACAUCAAUUUCCAUAAAAUAAUAGCACUCGCUAUUGCGAUAGGGACCUUGAUUCACACGGUGGCCCAUAUGGCUUGUAAUUUCGUGAGGCUAUCGACUACCCCUAAUAACCAGUUCACGACUGUUUUUGGAAAUUUGUUCCCGGAACAACCAAGUUACCUGGACCUAGUACUAAGCAUCCCGGGAUUUACUGGAAUUAUCAUGGAUAUUAUGAUGGCCAUUUGCUUCCUCUUCGCGACAAGUUCUUUCAGGAGAAAUGUUGUUAAGUUGCCUGAGCCAUUCAGCAAUUUAGCUGGCUUUACGUCCUUUUGGUACACUCAUCAUCUGCUAAUCGUCGUUUACUUCUUGUUGAUCGUUCAUGGCUGGUUCUUAGUCCUCACCCGAGGAUGGUACAACAAAACUACAUGGAUGUAUCUCGUGAUUCCAAUGCUGUGUUAUGCGAGUGAGAGACUCAUUACCACUGAUCAUACACUGCGCGUUGACACUAUUAAGGCUAUUAUAUAUACCGGAAAUGUGCUAGCACUCUACAUGACCAAACCUCCUGGAUUCAAGUACAAGAGUGGAAUGUACCUCUUUGUACACUGUCCACAAAUAUCGCGUUUCGAAUGGCAUCCCUUCACCAUCACUUCUGCACCCGGAGAUAACUACUUGAGUGUACACAUUCGUACAUUGGGAGACUGGACGAAAGCGCUUAGGGAAGAAUUUGCAAAGGCCUGUGAGCCUCAGAUGAAGAACCCAGUAGCAGGAAGUCUUGCCAGAAUGGAAACUAAUGCCAAAAUCAGCAUAAAAGAAGCACAAGCAAUCUAUCCUAAAAUCUACAUCAAAGGACCAUAUGGGGCACCAGCUCAACAUUACAGGGAGUACAGCGUCCUAUUACUGAUCGGUCUGGGUAUUGGAGCAACUCCUUUCAUCAGCAUAUUAAAUGAUCUUCUACACCACCUAAAACAAUCAAAAUCGGGGGAUAUUAAUAAAAAUCUGGAUAAAAGAGCUUACUUUUAUUGGGUAACAAGGGAGCAGGGUUCAUUCGAAUGGUUCAAAGGUGUAAUGGAUGACAUCGCAGACCAUGAUCACGAGAACAUAAUCGAAAUGCAUAACUACCUGACCAGUGUGUAUGAACAAGGUGAUGUGAGAUCUGCACUUGUUUCUAUGGUGCAAUCUCUGCAACAUGCCAAAGACGGAGUUGAUGUUGUCUCUCAGAGUCGGAUCAAAACGCAUUUUGCAAGACCCAACUGGAGAAAGGUAUUCCACACCUUGGCAACUACGCAUGAGGGUGCUAAAAUUGGUGUUUUCUACUGUGGAACUCGAGCACUGACAAGACCUCUGAGCAAUCUCUGCAAGGAAUUUAGUCUACAAAACACGACUCGCUUUGAUUUCCACAAGGAGAAUUUCUAG